CGGAUGUGGCUCAGGCGAGGACCCGUAGUGACGUCAGCUCAUGGAAAGUGUCAGAGUGGCAAGAUGGCGACGGAACCAAAUAAGACAGAGAUCCUCACCAUCUUCAAGAGGCUGAGAUCUGUUCCCACCAACAAGGCAUGUUUCGACUGCGCUGCUAAGAACCCCAGCUGGGCGAGUAUCCCCUACGGUGUGUUCCUGUGCAUCGACUGCUCCGGCAUCCACCGCUCCCUGGGCGUGCACCUCAGCUUCAUCAGAUCCACUGAGUUAGACUCCAACUGGAACUGGUUUCAGCUCAGAUGUAUGCAGGUUGGAGGCAACGCCAACGCGACGUCUUUCUUCCGUCAGCAUGGCUGCUCUACAAACGACACCAAUGCCAAGUAUAAUAGCCGUGCAGCCCAGAUGUACAGGGAGAAGGUUCGGCAGCAAGCUAAUGCUGCGUUGUCUAAAUAUGGCUCUGAUCUCUGGAUCGACUCUUCUGCAGGAAGCACCCCAGCUGCUCCCGAGAAGAAGGAGACAGAUUUUUUUGCCGAGCAUACACAGGCUGCUAAUGACUGGAGUAUGGCGCCGCCCUCUGAGCCCGAGCAGAACGGAGCCAACCUCUCCCCGCAGCUGACGGACACGACACCCAAAGGCCAGGAAGGCUCCCAGCUGGAGGAAGGACCCAGCAUCGAGGGUCUGAGCACGUCACCCAAAGCCUCCAUGGAUGUGAAAACGUCCCUAAUUGGAAAGAAGAAGCCCAUGGCUGCCAAGAAAGGGCUGGGGGCCAAGAAGGGCCUGGGAGCCCAGAAGGUGAGCAGCAAGAGUUUCUCUGAGGUGGAGAAACAGGCACAAGUAGCCGAGAAGCUCCGAGAGGAGCAGGUGGCCGAUGCAAAGAAACAAGCCGAGGAAUCCAUUGUGACGUCCAUGCGCUUGGCCUACAAAGAACUGGAGAUCGACAGGAAGAUGGAGGAAAAGAAAAUUAAGAACUUGGAGGGCAAGAAGAGAGAGCAGGCCGAGAGACUGGGCAUGGGCUUCGGACAAAGGAGUGCCGUGUCUCACUCCGUGAUGUCAGAGAUGCAGGUGAUCGAGCAGGAAACUCCCGUUGGAUCCAAAUCCUCCUCUCGCUCCAAACUGGACAUGUUUGAUGAGCCGGGCUUCACGUCUGGACCGCCGAAGUAUAAGGACAACCCGUUCACGGUGGGUGAUGGCUUCGGAUCGCGGUGGGACACUGAGGGAGGAGGCUCCUCCUUCACCACCUCCUGGGCUCUGGAGAAGGAGGACCCCAAAGAGGAGGUCACCAUCUCUAGUAUUCAGCCAAUUGGAGAGAGACUUCCCAGCAGGAGGAAAGCUGAGGUGUCGGCUCCGGCUCCGGUGUCGAGCGAGGCCCGGGAGAAGUUCGCCAACGCAAAGGCCAUCUCGUCCGACAUGUUCUUUGGUCGGGAGAGCACCGCCGAGUACGAUGCUAAGACGAGACUGGAGAGCAUGUCCAACAGCACCUCCAUCAGCUCGGCUGACCUGUUUGGAGAAGACGGCGACCAUAAGGGGAGUGCAGCUGGAUAUGACGGCGUGCUCCCCUCGGGCCCCGACAUCGCACAGUUCAAACAGGGAGUGAAGAGCGUAGCGGGCAAGAUGGCCGUCCUCGCCAACGGGGUCAUGAACACGAUCCAGGAUCGUUACGGCUCCUACUGAUCGGUGGCGACGGGGGGGGGGGAGAGGGGGAGACGUAUGAGCUGACGCCCGUGCAGAGCGUCCUGAAGACCACGAGCGUCUGGACGGGGACACGGGGACACAGGAGAGACAGUUGCAUGAGGAAGACCCCUCCUCUCUCAUCCCUCCUUCAGGCAGUGGGACAGUCUUUCUUGGCUCAUUAGCAGACUCGUCUUCUCUUCGUACAGGAAGCCAUCGCAGUGUCGUCUUUUUUUAAACCUAGAGUCACGUUGUAAAAUACCACCGAGGAUUUUUUGGUCUUAGAUUUUCAAAGAGUUUACUCUUUUAUAUUUUAUUCCUUCUACAUAAAUCAAAGUGUUGUUAUUGAUGAUUAUUAUGAAAUUCUUCAUCUCUUGUUUUUAUCAUGAUAUUAAAAAAGUCACAGUAUAUUUUCAUCUUUAAGCGUUCAGUGACGCCACCGGUUGUUUGUCUGGAUCCUUGUGUCUCAGGGGAGGACUCAGUUCACUGAGUGGCUGGACAGUCAAACGUCCGAUGUCCUCUCUGGGUAUUUGUCUCCUGAGCGGUUGAACCCAGGAAGCGCUCGGAGGAGUCGGAGACUUGUGCUUUGUUGGACAUUUCAACUUGAACCCAGAUUAGUGUUAAAGUGGACGUGAAUCCCAGCUCGUUAAACAACGACACCGACUGAAUCACUGAAGCUCAUCACGUUCAGUGGAGGCUGCCGGUUUCCCUCCCUCCUCAGACUAACCUUUUAUUUUGAAAGGCCGAUGUCGUCAGUUUACAUUUUCAGACAUGUUGGCCGAUGAAAAGAAAAAGAACCAGUUCAGUUCCUGUGUAACACUGACCAGGUCGCAUGCAAGUGAACACCAUCCCACUGUACUGACGCGUGAAACGCACAACUUAUAGAACGAUUUUCCAUGACUGUUCCCCACAAGAAAUGACCAACAACGCAGAUUGAAAGGAUGAAACAUUCAACUAUUUAUUUGUAGGCUACAAAAAGAAACGUAUUCAGUAUGUUAAUAAAGAUUUAAAACCUC